AUGAAGCCGACCACACUGCGCGCUGCGGUAUGGCUAGCUUGUUUUACUGCGGAUGCGACUGUAGCAUCGGCUUCUGUACGAGUGGCGGCGGUCCUGUCGAAUGCGACCUCGUCAGGAGCAACAUCGCCCGCCACCCUUGAUCUGUCAACUACUGCGAUGCAGCAGAUGGCAGCCUCGUUAUCCCCAUGCGCACUGAACUGCACGACGACAGAGGUCGCCAAGUCAUCUUGCAACGCCACCGAUUUGGCGUGUAUUUGCUCAAACCAAAUGCUCAACGCAAACAUUGGCGCUUGUUUAGCACAGAAUUGCACCGUAAUUGAGGCUUUGCGUAUGAAAUGUCUUGAGGCACAGAAUUACUCGAAAACAUCUUGCGGAGUGCCCGUUCGUCGCAACAUGGACCAAGGUCCCACAACUUGGACAUUAUUCUCUCUAGCAUUGGUGGCUGUAGCUGCUCGACUCAUUUCCAAAAUCCCAUCGCUGAACCCUUCUUUCUCCUUUGGCUGGGAUGAUUGGACAAUCCUUGCAUCUACGAUUGUGCUGAUACCGGCCGACAUCGUAUCGCAGAUGGUGAUCGAUAGAGGUCUAGGACAGGACAUAUGGAUGGUGCCUCCGGACAACAUUACCCAGAUACUAUUGCUUUUUUUUGUGGAAGAGCUUCUAUAUUCAUUCGUCGUCGCCGUUACUAAGCUGUCGAUUCUCAUCUUUUAUCUGCGUCUGUUCGCCGACAACUGUUUCCGAAACGCUUGCUAUGCUAUGCUAGGGGUGACAACAGUCUAUGGCCUCGGUCAGAUGCUAGGUGUUGUCCUAGUAUGCUCACCAGUGAGCUAUAAUUGGACUCAAUGGGACAGGGAGCACCAAGGAAAGUGCGGUGAUGUCCAUCUUAUGGCAUUCAUCAACGGCGGAGUGAACAUUGCUAUUGAUCUCAUUCUAUUCAUUCUGCCGGUCACUCAAUUUAUCACCGUCUCCUGGACGGUGAAGAAAAAGAUCGGCGUGAGCCUUAUAUUCCUAGUGGGCUUAUUUGUCACUGCCUGCAGUGGAAUCCGGCUGGCUAGUUUGGUGAAGUUUGGCGGAACACAGAAUCCGACCUACGACUAUAAAGAAGUGUCAAUUUGGUCAUUGGCAGAGAUGCAUUUGAGUGUCAUAUGCGCAUCCACACGACAGAAACCAACCGCGGACAGGGCGGUCCGUCGCUCGCCGGUUACAAGACACGUUAGCACGCGUCACCACAGUUAG